AUGGCUCACGAUCCAGAUGAUACAAACAGUUCGUUCUCGUGGUUCGGACCGAUAGCGGUCGGCGAAGAGAGGCAUGAAUAUGAGGAAGAUGCCGUGAGGAUUCCUGUCAGCAUUCUGUUGGUCUUGUGUUUAGUGAUGAGCGUUUUUGGGAACGUGUGUACUUGUGCUGUCAUCAUUCGUGACCGCUCGAUGAGGACACCUACAAACUGCUACCUGUUUAACAUCGCUAUAGCAGAUCUGCUGACCACUCUGUUCAUCCCAUUCGAGAUGUACGUCAUGUGGGCGCCCGAAGCUUACCCGUUUGGACAAGUCGGAUGCAUUGUUCACUUUCUCGUGUGGGAGUGUCUAUCCAACUGCAGUUUGCUGACGAUAGCCGCGUUCACAGUGGAAAGAUACCUGGCCGUGUCCAGGCCGUUCCUUCGCCAAAAGUUGACUUUGAAGCCCCGCGUGUAUAAGAUCGUGGCCGUCAACUGGCUGGUGUCCGCCGGUUUCAGUAUUCCUGAUGUGUUCCUCACACGUCUGUACCAGAAGAACGACCAAACCUACUGCUAUACGAUGCUGCCGUUCCAUCUGAAGCUGGUGAUAGCUACUGAGAUGUGUGUGUUCUUUGUAAUGCCGAUGACUAUAAUAUUUGUGUUGUACAUAUUGAUUGCAAUUAAAAUUAAAUCGAUGAAGGCGUCCAAUGGAACCAGUCCGGUGAAUGGGAAGCAGUAUAGAGAUAAGACCAUAAUGAUGUUAGCGGCGGUGGCAGCGACAUUUUUCUUCUGCUGGUUCCCGGUCUCCCUCCUGCGACUGGUGAUGAUAUCUCCGUUGCAUAAUUGGGCAAACUAUGAUAAGAUGGUCCGCACCCUGCGCUACUUGUGCCUCGUGAAUGUGUACAUAUAUACGGCCGUUAACCCCAUCCUGUACAGCCUCAUGUCUCGAAAGUUCUCCCGAGCGUUCAAGGAUCUGCUCCACGGCCGCAGACGGAACACUGUUUUUUCCACCUCGAUCCGUCACGCCACUACUGCUGCUGCAGAGUACUGAAGAUACUUCUUGGCCAAUUUUUACAAAGUUAAGAAUUUCAGUGCGAACAGUUAAACUUGAACAAAUUGUAUUUUUUUAAUCUGUUUGGAAAAAG